GGAGGAGAGGGCAGGGAGACGGCUCUAUUCAGUGUUUUGAAUUUACAGAAACAAUUUUAAAGAGUCAGAGUUACAGAUUGAUCCUUAUGAUAUCAUAAAACCUCGACGCCCUUAACUCUUUUUAAAUUAACUAAAGGAGGAGUCUUUUCUUUCUGAGGUCAUUUAGAGGCAUCAGUUUAUAUUUCUUUCUGGCUCCUCAGAGUUUAUUCAAACGAAAAUAAAAGAUAAUAAAGAUAAUAAAAUUCUCCCACAGAGCGUCUUCACUUGAUAGCACAGGAAGUCGAGUCUCGUGUGUCCCUUUUUAGCACACAUUAGAUCAGCUCAUGCACUCGUGAGGUAUUUUGGGUCAAGGUAACAAAAAAGGACACAUCAGUCUUCCCUCUCCUCAGCGUCGAACACAGAUUACUGACUGUUCAGUGUUGUUCAGACCUCAUGGGAUUAUGUUUCACUGGGAGCUCUGGUUUCUUCUUCUGCUGCCGCUGUGUUUGUGUUUCGGCUCUGAAGCAGGGUCCGAGAAGAGCUGUGGAAGAAAACUCAAUGAAACAGAUGCUGAAGAGACUCUGGUGAAAACCAUCGGGACAGAACCAGAGGUUACAGCGUUAUGCUCCAAUGACACAGAGAAUUUCAUCACACUGAUAAUUUGUCAGAUCAGCACAAAGAGAAGAUGGAGAAACGAAUCUUGUUUGUUUUAUCGACAUGAACAAGGCUUUGAGAAUAAAUGUGAAUCAGGAGUCAAACUUCUGACAGAGACUCAGACGGUGUUUCUUCAGUUGAGCAGUUUAACACCAGAGGAUGAAGGGAGCUACACCUGUGAGUGUUCAUGUGGGGAUGGAACUUAUACUACCUAUCUGAAUGUCACUGUGGAAGAGCCGUCAAACGUCAGUCUUCUGCAAUCCUUCCGCUGGGUUUUCAUCGUCAUGACGACUGCCCUUCCUGCAUUUAUCAUCAUCACUGGAAUUGUGGUUGGAUGCACUCUAAGAAAAUCCUGCAGAAAUAAUACGAGGUCAGAAGCGUCUGGGUUACCUGUGCAGGAAGCACCCUGCUCUUUGGACCGAGGUGAACCAGAUAACCUCUACGAAAGCCUUCAACAACCACUAAGUGACGUCUAUCAAACCAUCUCCUCAGUGCAUCAUCCGCACGACGCCAAGAGCGACAACGCAGCAACUGCACAUCAAGAAAUAGACGAUACAGAGAUCGAGCAACGGGAAGACUAUGAAAACCUUUGAAUCAAAUGAAGAAAACGUGCUGUAAAAGGAGGAUGUAUCUGUUGGCAUUAUCAGACUUUAACAAACACAUCGACUUCUUCAGGAAACUGAAAAACCUGCAGCUUCAGUUUCCUCCAUGUGAACUUCCUUUAUGAAAACGUGUCACAUCCCGAUUUAUGAUUUAGUACAAGUCGGUCAGUUCGGGAGCCGAAAACUGGUAACAAUUGUAAUCUGAUACCAAAUGACUGGUUACAGAUGUGCUGAUGUUCCGUGAAACAGCACAACCUCACGUGUCAUAUUUCUUUUAUUCCACAUUAUUACAGUCAAUAAAUAGAUAUAUUAAACAAC